UCACUGCUUGUUUCUCGGAUCAGAGUUGCUUAUCAUUAAUAACGAUUAAGUGUAACAAACAGUGUUUGAGUUAGAUGAUAUCGUUGUGGUUUUAAGUGCAUGAUAUGAUAUAAGCUCAAGGCAACUCAAACUAUACAGAUUUUUAUUUGAAGUUCAACUUGUACCAACAUGUGAUUCCAGGUUUGCGUAAAGUGAAUUCGUGUAUGUGUACGAAGUGUGUAAACAUUAGUGAAAAACGUAGACUUGUCGAAUGGCACUGGAUGAGUGUUUACGCGAUAGCUGAUAAAAAUAUUUCUAAGAACAGCGUAUUCUCUGCCGAGAGAAGUUUUGCUCCAUCGCGGACACGCUUUAGUUUAGCGAUUUAGUAUUUAAGACGCUGCUCAGUGAACCGGUUUAUUUUGUACGAUCAUUCCAUAUUGCUGACAGCUUAUAUAAACAGCCACAUAUAUCUACUUUCCACGGCUUAGUGUUGCUGAUAUAUUUCUACAAAUUGCACCGUAACUUCAUUCAAAAAGUGCAUCAACACACGAACUUGGUAGAGUCGAGUUGGAAUUUGAGAUUGCUACUCAACGGUGUCGAUUUACAAAACAAAUAGUGUUGGAAGUGUAUCUUUUCUCCCGUUUCUGACAUCAGUUUGACACCUUGUGUUUGUGUUUGAGCUCUGACAGUAGCCUUAUCUUUCAAGGCUACACACAGGGUGUGAAAUCGCUGUUCUUUCAUACUUUUAUGAUUCGUACUUUAUCAAACAAAAUUCAUUCAAUUGUUUAUCGAACGAAGUGAAAUAUUCCAGCCAGGAGAUCGACGGAGGCAAAAAUGUUGUCCCACUUACUGAAGGAGAACAUCAACGUGAUUGUCAGCACCGGAAAUGUGCUGAACGUUAGCGACCUCCGGAAGAAAGCUGGCCAGAAACCAACGGAUGAGCUAACUGACUGUUUACGGUCUACAUUCGCCGAAGCUGAGUUUAUUGAAAGCGACGACAGCAACAAACCUACGCUUGUGACUCGAAAGAACAAUGACCUGCUGGAGAAGGUUAAAGAACAUAAUCGUACGGAUAUCAAAAUUGGAGCGAAGAUAUUUCUAACUCACUACUCGGAAGCAGGCCUAACCGAGGCAGUCGAGACGUUGUUCGAAACUCUGAAUGUUUCAUACCUAGACAAUGUGAUACUGGCUUAUCAUCCGCGGGCGGCCAAUAGUUCAGGGGAUGGAGAAAUGAACGGAGAGGUGAAGGAGGGAGUCAUCGAAUGGGCUGUUGGUAGUGAUAAUGCGGUUGGAAAUUUGAAGAAGCUAUGGAGUACAUUGGAAAAGUAUGCAAAAGUAUGCAAGAUUGGUCAAUUAGGUAUUGCCGAUCUAGAUGUGGAAUCGCUGGAAACUCUCUAUGAAGGCUCCACUGUUCAUCCGUCCAUCACUCAGAUUAACCUAGCAGCUUGCUGUGUGGUACCACCACAACUCCAGAAGUAUUGCGGAGAACAGGAUAUUCAGCUGCUGACACACAGUGACCCGCAAGAUCUUCUACCCCACCAAGUUUUGAGUGAGUUGGAGCUUGGUGCAUAUCGAGCUACAUGGACUACUCGUUACCAAGUGCACAUCAAAUGCCGCGGAGUGCUGGCAGCAAAAGGCUUCAUUGUUGGCUUAAGCCGGAACUAGGGCUAUCAACUAUAGUUUACUGUUAUUGAGAAUCGAUGUGUUUAGUUUAGCUCAGCAAGAGAUGUUUUCAGAAGCAGUGACAGCUAGUGUGACCCUCACUAGUCAAUCAGUCCAACGAAAGGAAUGUAAUUCGUACAAAAAAGUUUCAAUAGGUGCAGAACUCGAUGUACAACGCUUCAUCAACGCAAAUGAUUUCGCUUCACUAGUAGGUGUACGUUAAAGUGUGUUAAUCACUGCAUUGCCUCGACUAUCGGCACGAUUGAUAGAGGUUUGUGUCUUCACUACAACAGAAUGUUUACCCACUAUGGAUUAGCACGCAAUGUUGAAUGCAACAGAUAUAUUGAAGUAUGAUAUAUAAAAAAAUACCUCUACCAAAAGUAUGAACGUUAACAGACGCUAGAUGGCAACACACCGUAUUUAAUACAUGCAAAUGUAGAAACUAUGUGAUGUAGUAGGGUAGUAGUAUACACAACCAACACAUUCAAAAUGCACUAUCAUGAGGCGCAACGGAAAGAAGAAAUGGAUUAAAUUAGAAUUACUUUUUAUACGCAUUUUUACGUUACAGAAUAGAUUGAAAAACAACUGCAUUGAAACGAAGUUUGUUACUAGAGGUAAUCGAAUUGUGUGUGUGUUCAGAUUUAUUUUUCUUUUAUUUUUCAAGGAUUAAGACGGUAGUCUAGAACUGAUUUUUUUUUUUUACUAUUGGGCAUUUUGUCAAUUUCCAAGUUUAACUUUGUUAGUAAUUUUUCCAGCAAAUUCUAUCACAAACUAUUUUUGAUAGCGACUUUAGUACAGUUUUUGAAUAAUGUGAGCCCUUUUUGGAUAAAUUGAAAUCGAAAGGAAAAGGUUAGAAUAAAAUAAAGGUUUAGCAAACCAAGCAUUCAA